UCGUUUGGAAUCUUGUUAUAACUUUUUGAUAUGAAAAUAUAAUUGUGUAAAUAUGUAACAGUGAUGGCUUUGACAGUGAAUUCGUCAACUGCUCGCUCUGAGAACGUUGGUGCCAAAGUUUCUGGGGAUAUAGGUGCUAUACAAAUUACAGAAGUGAGUGACACAGAAUCGGACACUGAGCAAGAUAAGCACGACGUAUCGAAGACUGUAAGUGUGCCCGAUUUACCAAAUAAUUUAAUACAAAAGUCUGAAGUGCCCGUAUUCGGGAGCGUAGCCAUAACUAAUUCGGACAACGUCCAGUUUGGUAACAACACAUACUUCAAUGGGCCAGUAACUAUCAAGCAAGUAAUAAACAAGUCUGGAGUAGACAACCCUGCGUAUAACAAAACAGAAGCCGAAGUCGCCUCGCUAACCAAACAUACUGCAAAUACAGAAAAGAGAAUACAAAUUCUCUUAUGGCAUAAGGUAACUUUCUCGGCAAUCUGUAUCUCAGUAUUCGGUGGACUUCUAGCAAUAAUAUUACUUGUACAAAAUAAUCAUGAAGAUGAUAUAAAAAUAUUAAAUUCACCAGACUACACACCCAAUGUGACAGCGUCACCAUCCAUGGUGGUGGGUUACUGUUAUGACAAUAUACAUGCCAUUAUUGUGUCAGUCAUCCUGUUUCCAUUAACAUUUUUGCUGAUUUUCUACUUGUUACUAACCAAAAAUGCGGCAGAGAAUGGGAGAAUCAUCAAGAAUGAAAUGCAUGACAACCGUGUUAUUAAAACUUGCAUGCACAAGGAAGCUGAUCCAUUGAUUAUAGCACCAGAUGUGCUUAGAAUCGUGUCAAGAACGGAGUGGCUGGCUCAGCCGGUCGAAAAAGAACUGACUAAGUUGACAUUGCCCGCACCCUGGGUCAUAAUAGCCCACACAGCCACGGAGAGCUGUUAUACCCAGAGCCAGUGUGUGCUGCGCGUGCGACUGAUACAGAGCUUUCACAUAGAGUCUCGGGGUUGGGACGACAUAGCCUACAAUUAUCUAGUCGGAGGCGACGGCUCCGUCUACUACGGUAGAGGUUGGGACUACCAAGGUGCUCACACUAAGUACUACAACAAAUUCAGCAUAGGUAUCGCUUUUGUUGGCACUUUCAAUAACGAUCAACCACCGAAACAGCAGGUGGAGGCAUGCAAAAAGAUUAUUAAACAAGGCGUCCAACUGGGAAAGAUAUCCAAAGACUACAAAUUGUUAGCGCAUAGACAACUCAUGUCUACCUUAAGUCCAGGUGAUAAAGUAAUGGAUAUUAUUAAGGAAUGGCCCCAUUUUGUUAAGAAUGAUACGGAUGUAAAAGAUUUGUUGUAAAACCUACAGAGUGGUUGAGUUGAUUAGGCUAUAGAAGACAGAUAAAUUAACAAUGAAAUUGUGUGAUAUUACACUUUUUGAUUUUUGGAUUUUUGGCGCGUGGGUCGUAAACAGCUAUAACAAAUAUCUAUAGUUAUUUUAGCUGAAAUUCGGAAGAUUAUUUGAUAAACAGAUCGUUAUGUUAAUGUCUUCUCGAUUCCCUAAGUGUGAAUAUAUUUACCGUAAGCAUACAAAACAUUGUGAAAAUAAUAUUUUUCGGAUACAUGGACAGAAAUGUACUUAGGUGUAAAAUAGAGCAGCUGCUUACAUGACAUUUACACCCGCACCAAAAUAUCUUUGUGAGACGUUGUCAAUUAUGUCAUAACGCGAUUUAUUUAUAUAAAUU